CAUAUGAACGAUUCAUUCACGUGUCGGACAGCGGUAGUCAACACACGAGUGCACACGUGCGUUCUUCCACAGCCGCAGUUUACUUGCUUUUGCAGCAAAGAACCAAACAGACAGAAAAAGAAACAGUCUAAUGCCGCCGCGCAAGCGAGGAGGGGCGAAAGCUGCCGGGAACAGCCGGAAGAGGAAAGGCGAGGAGACUCCGGAGGCUCAGCCGGACACGGAGAGCCGUCAGGAGGAGCCAGAGCGAGAGGACAGGACCCCGGUAACGGGAGAGGAGAGCACGCUAACGGUAGAGGAGGUGACAGUAACGGGAGCGCUAAACUCGGACCACAGCGGGGAGAAGGAAAACCAAAAAAACACGAUGGACACAAACCCUUGUAAACGCAGCAUGGGCGCAGCGCAUGCGCAGACGUGUGAACGAGCAGGUCGGACUGUACCAGUAGGCAAACCGAAGUCUGGCCGAGUGUGGAAAGACCGAAACAAGCAGAGGUUCUCGGCUCUUUUGAGGGAUAAGCCUCUGCGCAGCUCCUGGCAAAAGAAGAUGGAGGCUAAGAGGGAGAAGGAAUUGGUGAAGCAGUAUCACCAGCAGCUUAAAGAUCAGAAGGCCAGAGAGAAAGAGGAGAAAAGGAAGAGAAGGGAGGAGAAUCUGAAGAGGCGUGAAGAAAACCAGAGAAAAGCAGAGAUUGUUCAAGUGAUUCGCAACACAGCAAAGCUCAAGAGGAUGAAGAAGAAGCAGCUGAGGAAGAUUGAGAAGAGGGACACACUCUCAGUGCUGCAGAAGACCCCGCCAGCUGUAAAGAAAGCAGGCAAAGGAGAGUAGCAUGUGAAUAGAGCACAUGCUUGCUGAAGCCAUUUCAGUUUUUUACAUGGUUAAUGGAGGCAACUACUUAUCCAUGAUGCUGCAGAGAAGUUCUACAACUAAAACUCAUCAUGUAGUUAUGUACAUUUUGUGUAUCAUAACUGUGCGAACUGCAUAUUUCCAAAAUGGUAAUUUUUACAAGAGAAGAAAAAGAUGUUGGACCAUUUCUGUUGCUCCAUUCAGGUGGCAUUGCUAAUAUGGUUCAGCUGUAAGCCAAGACAGUUGGAGUGGGUGUGUAAUUAUUCUUUCAUUUCAGUCUGUAUUUUGUACAGAGGUUAGCUUCCAAAAAUGGGAAAAAACGUCUAUCACUGUACUAACAUGCCUGCUCUGAGGCCACAGAAAGCCAAGCAAACAGGAUUUAACUGUUGACACAGUAGGCUAGAAACUCCUCCUUUUAAGCCAGGUUGGUGACCUUAAAGCUGUAAGUAUGUAUGAAUAGUGCAGCAAGUGUCCUUAGUCAUCAAUAAACUGAAAUUAAAUGUCUAAUGAGAUAUAGGUAAAGGGAUAUCAGGCCAAAGUUAAUGCAAGACAAACAAAACAUAGUUUAAUAUUCAUUUUUUUGCCUGACUUUUUUCAGUAGGAUUAUCUUGUUGAGUGUAUUUAGGCAUUUGACAUUUUCCAAAAUAAAUUUCUUUAUAAAACACCAAA